ACAGCUCUGGAGCAGCUGAGUAAUCAUUUGCAUUUCGUCAUUUUUUUAUUUGUUUAUCCCAAAAAAAUGUUAUUUUUCAAAUAAAAAAUUCCAUUUCUUUACCAAACGUGGACGUGUCUUGCAAUAUUCCGCCCUCAUGUUUAAAAUAGUGAAUUAAUUUCUAUUUUCUUUUGUUAAAAUCACAACAAAAAUGGGUCUACCAUUUCGACAAAUUCGUAAAUUGUGGCUUUUAUAUUUAUUUCUUUUGUUUUUUGCAUUCUUUAUGUUUGCCUUGAGUAUAAAUAUUUAUGUCCAAAGUUUACAAUCAUCAGAUCUCCGUAAAAGCCAAUCGGGUGCUUUGAGGCGAGGAAGAACCACAGCAACAGUUGUCGGUCACUAUGUUGGAUUUGGAAGCACUCACGAUAAUCUAACUCGAGAGGAACUUGAUGAAAAUGCCUUCAAUCCGGUGGAAACGGAAGGAGCAAUGGGCGCUCCAGUCAUUAUUCCAGCCAAAGAUUCAAUCAAAAUGCAACGUGCUUAUAGAAUCCACUCAUACAAUCUCAUGGCUAGCGAUCGAAUUCCUCUCAAUCGAACGCUUAGAGACUAUAGAAUUGCGAGUUGCCUAGAAGUCGAAUAUAAUCCAAAAGAACUGCCAAAUACCUCGGUGAUAAUCGUGUUUCACAACGAAGCUUGGUCAGUGUUGUUGCGAACCAUUUGGAGCGUCAUAAACCGAUCACCACCCGAAAAUCUCAAGGAAAUCAUUCUCGUCGACGAUGCCAGUGACAGAGCUUUCUUAAUGAAACCUCUGGAAGACUAUAUUGCCCAACUUCCAGUGACAACUAAAAUAUUCCGCCAAACAAUUCGUCAGGGAAUUGUCCCGGCGAGACUUCUUGGGGCAGCAAAUGCUAAAGGAGACGUUCUCACAUUUUUAGAUGCACAUUGUGAGUGCUCACAAGGUUGGCUAGAGCCACUUUUAGCUCGAAUCAAAGAAAACAGACAAACUGCUAUUUGUCCUGUGAUUGAUAUCAUCUCUGAAGAUAAUUUUGGAUAUACAAAGACCUUGGAGAACAAUUGGGGAGCUUUUAAUUGGGUUCUCAAUUUUAAAUGGUAUGCUUCUCGUCCUAAAGAAGGAUCAACUCCAGCAACUCCAAUAGCCACGCCGAGUAUGGCUGGUGGAUUAUUUUCUAUUGAUAGAGAGUAUUUUUAUCAUGUCGGUGCUUAUGAUCCUCUUAUGAAGAUCUGGGGUGGAGAAAACAUUGAAAUGUCCUUGCGAAUAUGGCAAUGUGGUGGUAGGGUUGAAAUCAGUCCGUGCUCGCAUGUUGGCCAUGUCUUCCGCAAAACCACACCAUACACAUUUCCUAACGGCGUUACUCAAACCUUAACAAACAACGUGGCUCGAACGGCUAUGGUUUGGAUGGAUAAAUGGCAAAACUUUGUUUUUAGAUACACCGAAGUGAACGAAACUUAUCUUGCCGGCCAGGACAUUUCUGAUCGUGUGGCCUUGAGAAAUAGACUCAAAUGCAAAUCAUUUCAAUGGUAUCUGGAAAACAUCUGGCCUUCACAUUGUUUCCCAGCAGACGAUAGAUUCUUUGGUAAAAUCUUGUGGUUAACCAAUGCAACCCAACUGAGUAUUCCUUAUGAAAGGAGACUCAAGCACAUUGCUGCUUCGGUCAAUCCAACUAAUCUCACCGACAUUUUCAACGAAAUUGACACUUCAAAAACCAUGGAUUUAGCCCGCUAUUUUGCUCCGGGCGAAGAAAACUGUUUGAGAAUCAAUGAGGACGAAAAGGGUAUAAUGAGUCUAUAUGUUUCACAUUGCCUUUUUGAUCCGAAACUUAUGAGCAUGUUUGUGAUGACACCGAAGGGACAAAUCAUGCGAAAUGAGAAUAGGUGUUUUGAGUAUUUCGAACCCAGUAGCACUAAAAUUCCAAAAGUAUCCAAUGUUCGGAUUCACACAUGCGUGGAAUGGACUGACCGCCAAUUGUGGGAUUAUCGUUUAGAUACUCAACAAAUUAUUCAUCGCGCUUCCCAGAAAUGCCUCACAUUGGAGGACCCCAAAGUCAACAUGAAUCAUAUUGUUGCAGAACCAUGUGUUGCGAAUGAUAGGAGACAGAUGUGGGGUCUGUUCUCGAUGCCCUGGAGGGAACUUUAGUGCUGUGUUCAUAGUGAUAUGUUAUCUUGGUAAAAAUCUAAAAAAUUCAUGACUGAAGAGAGAUUAAACUAAUGCAGUUACAGGUUGUUUUUUUAUUUUUGUACAAAUUUAUAUUCACAAAAUAUAAAGUUUCUCGAAA